AUGGAUAACACCGAGAGCGAAUUCCAGCAGGUCAUCCGCCGCCACUAUCGUGAAAAAAGGGAGCUGCAAGCUAACAUUGAGGCCCUAAAAAGUUCUGUCCCAAAGAAUGACCAGAACAGAAGACAGCAGUUGCUUGAUGACGCUGCCCGCCUCGAGGCCGAGAUGGAGCAAAGGCACCAGCAAGAGCUGAAGAAAUUUGAAGAUCUUGAUACUGACCUGGAGUCAGUUACAGCCAACCUCACAAAGAUGAACCUCGAGAAUGUGCCUCCACGCCCAUCGAAGUCCCAGAAAAGGCACAAGCGAAGAGUUUUUGUGGAGAGACAACGCCAGGAAAGAAUGCCUGCAGCCCAGGCCGAACAGCUGGCCACCCACCGCCGUGAGGAGGAAGAGAAGAUCGCUGCCAUUCUGGGAGCCAAAAAUUUGGAGAUGAAGGCCAUCCCCGCCGAUGGCCAUUGCAUGUACCGUGCCAUCCAGGACCAACUGGUGUUCUCGGUGACGGUGGAGAGCCUGCGUUACCGCACGGCCUAUUAUAUGCGGAAACACAUUGAUGACUUCUUACCUUUCUUCACCGAACCCGAAGCCGGCAACUUCUACACCCGUGAAGAUUUCCUGAGGUACUGUGAUGACAUCGUGUACAGGGCAUCGUGGGGCGGCCAGCUAGAACUGAGAGCCAUAUCACAUGUCCUGCAGACCCCUAUCGAGGUAGUACAAGCCAACUCACCCAUCAUUGUUAUUGGGGAGGAGUACAACCGGAAGCCUCUCACACUGGUCUAUCUGCACUACGCCUGCGACUUCGGAGAGCACUACAAUUCAGUGAAGCCCAUCGAGAACUCUGGCGCUGUUGGAGGUAUGGCGCCGCGCCUGUUCUAG